AUGGACAGCGCCCUGAACGCCAGCACGCAGGGCUUCCUGCUGCAGGGCUUCUCCGAGUUCCCGCGCCUGCGGCCCGCACUCUUCCUGCUACUACUGGCCGCGCACCUGGCCACGGUGACCGGCAACCUGCUCAUCCUGGCGGCCGUGGCCGCGGCCCCACGUCGCCCGCCCAUGCUGCUCUUCCUGGGGCAACUGUCCGCCAUCGAGCUGGGCUACACGCUGGUAGUGGUGCCGCGCGCGCUGGCCGACCUGGCGGCGCCGGGCCCCGCGCGCGGGCGCCCCAUUUCGCGGGUGGCCUGCGCCGCGCAGAUGCAGCUCUUCGUGGGCCUGGGUGGCGCCGAAUGCUUCCUGCUGGCCGCCAUGGCCUAUGACCGCUACGUGGCCAUCUGCCACCCGCUGCGCUACCCGGCCGUGGUGACACCCGCGCUGUGCGGGCGCCUGGCGCUGGCCUGCUGCCUGGGCGGCUUGGUCGUGUCGCUGGGACUGGUGGCCGCCGUCUUCCGCUUGCCCUUCUGCGGGCCGCGCCUACUGGUCCACUUCUUCUGCGACGUGACGGCGCUGCUGCACCUGGCCUGCACGCGCGGGUACGCCGACGAGCUGCCGCUGCUGGGCGCCUGCCUGUUGCUGCUGUUGCUGCCCUCCGUGCUCAUCCUGGCCUCCUACGGCGCUCUGGCUGCCGCCCUGCGCCGCCUGCGCGCGCCGGGGGGCCGCCACAAGGCCGCCUCCACCUGCGCCUCGCACCUGGCAGUCACCUUCCUGCACUACGGCUGCGCCACCUACAUGUACGUGCGGCCCAAGACCGCCUACGCCCCGCGGCGCGACCGCACGCUGGCCCUGGUCUACACCAGCAUCACGCCUCUGCUCUACCCUCUCAUCUACAGCCUGCGCAACCGUGAGGUCACCACCGGCCUGCGCAGGGCGCUGUCUUGGUGGCCCCGGUCCAGGCGGUGUUGA